GUCGGCUUGUAGUGACGUUUGUGGCGCCAGAAAUCAAGCGCUGAGGAGCUAGCGGGAAUGUUUUGAAAUGUUUUAGCGGGUUAGCUCUCAGAUUAUUAGUAUUAUGAACAGACGCCCAUUAGUUCAUAUCGUAUAAUUCGUGACUUUCUCUCAGGAAACGAUAAAGGUGCUAUAAUUCAACAUGGUGAUGUUACGUAGAAGCACUGGAGGUACAGAACCAGCGGCUGCGGGAAAGAGCGUUGAUAUGGAUUCGAGCUCCGAGUUUCUGUCCUUGCAUCCACCACAGCGAAAGUCGGCGCGGCUAAAGAGGGGCCUUGAUGACAGCUUCAGUAGCGCUGACAGCAGCCCGGGAAAUGCUUAUCUGGCUGUGAAAAAAGAGAACGGUGCUGAAGUGAGCAUCAGAACAAAAGGGCAGAGAGAAAAGAGCAUGGUGACCUUUGCAGAUUUGAAUGGUUCAGCCUCCGACCCCCAACAGUCAGAAGAUCAAGGGAAACAUUUUUUAAGGAAAUCUCCAAGACUACAAACAGAAGGAAAGACAUCUCAAGGAGAGCAAUCUGACAAUGUGGAAGACACCCCCACCUCACGCAAGCACCAGGGGGCUCUGCGAGAGCGAGACGUGGACAGCGCUUUGCGACGCAGCUCCAGAAUCACAAGAUAUAAGCUCAGUGCCAGGAACCAAUCCGUCCUCUAUGACCGACUCAUCACCAACACUGCCGAAGCCGUCCUACAAAAGAUGGAUGAUAUGCAGAAGAUGAGGCGCAGGCUGAGGAGCAGAGACGGUAACGAUGAGAGUCUAAGAAUCUUCCAAGGAGCUAAGAGGAAGAGAUCUACAGGAAGAACUGAUGAAAGUGAAGAGAACCAAGAGAAUGGCAAUGGAGAUUUCAGUGAGGUUGAGGGAGAUGAGGAGGACGACGACGACAACCAUGUGGAAGGACAAGGAGAGGAAGAAGAAAAUGAUGGCGCAGAUGAAGAUGAGGAGGACGACGAGGACGAGGACGAUGAAGGAGAGGAAGAGGAGGAAGACGACGAAGAUGAGGACGAGGAGGAAGACAACCAGAGGCGCUAUGAUCUCAGGCAGAGGAAAGCGGUUGUGCGCUACCAGCCGCCUAUGGAAGAGCCGAAGAAGCGGAGCAUCUUCUUCAAGCGCCACUCGUCUCCAUCCAGACGGAGGUACAGCUUCCCCUCGUCUGGGCCCAGAAGCCCCUACAGCAGCAGGCGUGGCAGCAGGACUCAGACUCAUGGACGAAGACAUGCCAUCCACAGCAGUGACUCGACCUCCUCUUCCUCAUCCUCAGACGAUGACACAUUCGAGCGACGCAGGAGUAAGAACCGCAAUAGAUCCAUAAACAGAUGCCUCCCGCUGAACCUGCGCAAGGACGACCUGCUGGGCAUCCAAAAGGACCGCAUGAAGAUAGGGACCAGCCUGGCUGACGUGGACCCUAUGCAGAUUGACCAGACAGUGCGUUUUGACAGCAUUGGGGGUCUCACCCGUCACAUCUCUUCCCUGAAGGAGAUGGUGGUCUUUCCUCUGUUAUACCCAGAGGUCUUUGAGAGAUUCAAAAUCCAGCCUCCACGAGGCUGCUUGUUUUACGGUCCCCCUGGCACGGGGAAGACUCUGGUGGCGCGAGCCCUGGCCAACGAGUGCAGCCAAGGUGACAAGAAGGUGGCCUUCUUCAUGAGGAAGGGCGCUGACUGCCUCAGCAAGUGGGUUGGGGAGUCCGAGAGACAGCUGAGACUGCUCUUCGACCAGGCUUAUCAGAUGCGUCCAGCGAUCAUCUUCUUUGAUGAAAUCGAUGGCUUGGCCCCUGUCCGAUCGAGCAGGCAGGACCAGAUUCACAGCUCUAUUGUGUCUACUCUGCUGGCCCUGAUGGACGGGCUGGACAGCCGUGGGGAGGUCGUGGUGAUCGGAGCCACUAACCGCCUGGACUCCAUCGAUCCUGCGCUCAGACGCCCUGGGCGCUUCGACAGGGAGUUCCUGUUUGGCUUACCUGACAGAGACGCGCGUAAAGACAUUCUGAAGAUUCACACUCGCCAGUGGAACCCUCAGCCGUCGGAGGCCUUUCUGGAGGAGCUAGCUGACAAAUGCGUCGGUUACUGUGGGGCGGACAUCAAGGCGGUGUGCGCUGAGGCGGCCCUGUGCGCGUUGCGGCGCCGUUACCCGCAGAUCUACGCCUCCUCGCAGAAGCUGCAGCUGGACGUGGCCUCCAUCAGCGUGGGCGCACGCGACUUCGUCUCCGCCAUGCGCCGCACGGUGCCAGCCUCGCAGCGGGCUGUGGUGUCGCCGGCCAAAGCUCUGGCACCCAUCGUGCAGCCGCUACUGUCCGCGACGCUUGGCAACAUCCUGGAGGUGGUGCAGAGGGUGUUCCCCCACGCCGAGCAGGGCCUGAGGAGGAGCCGCGACGCAGCCGAUUUGGCCAGUGGCGUGCUGGAUGAGGAGCUGCUGUACAGUGAUGAUGAAGUUCCACCAAUGAGCAUCACCAACGGCCCAAAGCAAGCCCCUGCAGCAGGCAGUUUCCUAUGCUUUAAUAGGAGUGUCCUCCAGCAUCCCACCUCCUACCGUCCGCGGCUGCUCCUGAGCGGGCGUCCAGGCUCUGGCCAGAGCUCCCACCUGGCCCCCGCCGUGCUCCACGCGCUGGAGAAGUUCACCGUCUACACACUGGACCUGGCCGUGCUGUUCGGCAUCAGCAGCACCACUCCAGAGGAGGCCUGUGCUCAGGUGUUCUGCGAGGCCAAGCGGACAGCUCCCAGCAUCCUGUACAUCCCGCACCUGCAGCGCUGGUGGGACACGGUGGGCCCCGCGCUCAAGGCCACCUUCCUCAGCCUGCUCAGUGACGUCCCCCCCUUCUCCCCCAUCCUGCUGCUGGCCACCUGCAGCCACCAGUACCACGCGCUCUUCCCCGAGGUGCAGGACCUGUUCCGUAUGGAGUACGGAGAGGUGUUUGAGGUCUCGCUGCCCACGCAACAGGAGAGAACCAAGUUUUUCAAGGACCUCAUUCUGAUCCAGGCAGCCAAAGCACCGGCAUCUAAGAGGAAAGCAGUGCUACAGGUGCUGGAGGUGUUGCCCGUGGCCCCUCCCCCUCCGCCCCAGCAGCUCACUGAGCAGGAGCAGCAGCAGCUGGAGGAACAGGAAGAGGACACCUUACGCGAGCUCCGCCUCUUCCUGAGAGACGUCACCAACCGUCUCGCUCAGGACAAACGCUUCAAAGCCUUCACAAGGCCUGUGGACCUGGAGGAGGUCCCAGACUACACCACCGUUAUUAAGCAGCCCAUGGACCUCUCCACACUGCUCUCCAACAUUGAUUCACACAAAUAUGUGACUGUGAAAGAUUUCCUACAUGACGUAGAUCUGAUUUGGAAAAAUUGCUUAGAGUACAACCCCGACAGAGAUCCCUCGGAUCGUCUGAUCCGGCAUCGUGCCUGUGCCCUGAAGGACUCCGUGCAUGCCAUCAUCAAAGACCAGCUGGAUGAAGACUUUGAAAAGAUCUGUCAAGAAAUCAAGGAGUCCCGAAGCAAAAGAGGUUGUACAGCAUCCAGGUAUGCUCCUUCCUACUUCCAUGUACAGCCCAAACCUCAGGUGAUGUCAGAAAAGACUAGUGACCACGGCCCUUCCAAAGACACCUUGUCAUCCAUGCCCUCUGCAGCAUCGACCCCACGCUCAGCACCGUCCUCCAAGAAGAGGCGACGGAAAAGCCGCUGGUGCAACGGAUUCAUCACCAAAAAGAAGUCUUCGGCUCACCCUCGAGACGACGACGAUGAUGAGGAUGAGGAAGAGGAUCGUGAGGGAGAGGAGGAAGACGAGGAGAAGGCCGAGGCCAUGGACGCGCAGAUGGAACAGGAGGAGGAAGCGCUGCGGAAACUCUGCAGCUUCCUGUGUGACGUUACCGACCGUUUGGCUCAAGACAAGCGAUUCCAAGCUUUCACUGAACCAGUUGAUCCAGAGGAGGUCCCAGACUACAGCACAGUUAUUAAGCAGCCUAUGGAUCUCUCCACGGUUCUCUCUAACAUCAACUCUCACAAAUACACGACUGCAAAAGACUUCCUCCUCGAUGUGGACCUGAUUUGGAUUAAUGCUCUUGAGUACAACCCCGAAACAGAUCCGGAAGGUCGACUAAUCAGAAAGCAAGCUUUGGCCCUGAAGGCGACCGUGCACGACAUCAUCAAGGCAGAGAUGGAUGAGGAGCUGGAAGAAUUUUGCCAAAAAAUCCAGGAAUCUCGUAGCAGCAGAGCAAACGACCUCGUCCCUGGCAAAGAUGACUCGGCACCAGCCACCCUACAGCAAACAGUAGCUCAGAAGAGGAGAAGGAGAAAAAAGCGAUGGAGCAGUGGCUACAUCGCCAAGAAAAAGUCCCGAGACACCUCCACUCCCGCCGAGUCCGUGGACGAUGAGGACGAUGAGGAGGAGGAAGAGCACAUGGCAGGCGAUAAAGACGGAGAGGAAGAGCACGAGAAGGCCAAGAUGACGGAGCCAGCGAACGACGAGGCAGCUGCAGCUGCUUCCGCCAUGGAGACAGAGGAGGCGGUAGCCGUGGAAACGGAGGAGGGCGCAGCGAUGGAGUCCGAGGAGGCUGGCCCUGUCACAGUGGAGGGAGGAGAAGACCACAACCCUACAUCCCCAUUGGCUGACGCCUUGGUGAAUGGCCAUACCCCCAGUGAAGGUGGCGACCAACUGGAAGAGCAGGCUGCGACUGAGCCUGAGAAGAUGGCCACUGAGAUUAUAGAUGUCGAGGCGGCCAAACCAGAGAAGACUGAGGCUGUGCAGCCGGAGCCUGAAAUGGCCAAACCUGACAGACUAGAGCCUGAGCGGGCCCAGCCGGAAGUGGAGCAGGACGCAGGAAUAGAGAUUGGAAAGAGACGGAUGACCAGGGCCCUGAAGAACCAGGUGCAGCAGCAGCAGGUCAUCAGCCUGGAGGCGGCCAUGAAGAUCCUGGAGCAGAAGACUCCGCCACUGGUGGUGGAUCACAGCAAGCUCCAGGAUCUUCUGCAUAAGGUGGUUGCUAAGACAGAGGGCUAUGACGUAGAUCGCCUGGAGAAGCUCUACGCCCUCCUCUGCCAAAGUGUGUACCGGCACAGGAAGGAGUAUGACAAAACCACACUUCUACAGGAAAUGGAGAAAGAAAUUGAGGACUUUGAAUAAAUAUGUAGCAUUUCAUCUUGCGAAAUAUCAUUAACUAUAUUAUAUUUUGCUAAUUAUUUUGGUAGUUUUUUGUUGAUGUAUAUAUGUCUUGUCUUAAUAAAGCUUUUUGACUAUUU